GCUUCACUGUCCGAGGGUGAAUUGCAACAAAUUUUGACAGAAAGACACUCUGGUAAAACCAAACAAAUGACAAAUUGGUCUGUUUCAACCUUCAAAGCUUGGUGUAACGAGAAACAAAUACAAACUUCAAUGGAAAACAUGACGGUAGGACAACUGGACACAAACCUGCGCAGGUUCUAUGCCGAAGAGAGGAACAAGUCCGGGGAAUCCCACAGCAAAACCUCUCACCUUGGUUUCAUGCACUCUUUUGAGAGAUACCUGAAUGCACCAACCCUAAGCAGAGGGCUCAAACUGAGUUCAGAUCCUCGAUUUAAACGAUCAAAUGAAAUGUUAAACGCUCAGAUAGUCCGUUUGAAGCUCCAGGGCAAGGAAAAUGUCACCCACAAGCCAGCCAUAGAGAGCGAAGACUUGAUUAAGUUGAAAGCCUCGCCUGCCAUUGCACUGAAUAAUCCACUCGCCCUCCUCCGCAAUGUAUGGUUUCACGUUAUUUUAUUCUUUUGUCGGAGAGGAAGAGAAGGUCAGAGGCAGCUGAAGAAAACGAGCUUCAAGUUUGAAGUUGAUGCGUUGGGAAGAAGAUUUGUCACAAUGGCGCAUGAUGAAGCGACAAAAAACCAUCCCGGAAGAGUGACUGAUGUAUCCAGCAACGAGAAAUUGGCAAGAAUGUAUGAAACACCUGAAGAGAACGACGGAUACAAAGCUUUGAAGUUUUACAUGGCCAAACUCAAUCCUCGGUGCGAUGCUUUCUUUCAGUAUCCGAAAAAGAAUUCUAAGGAGAAAUAUGACGAUAAAGUUUGGUUCGACGCCCGACCAAUUGGUGGCAACAAACUCGACGGAAUGAUGAAAAGCAUCAGUGAGGAAGCAAAACUCUCCAAAAUGUACACCAACCACAGCCUCAGAGCCACCGAAAUCACCUUAUGGUCCAAUGCUGGUGUAGAGAACCAUCACAUAAUGGCAAUCUCUGGUCACCGUGGCGAACAGAGUCUUUUACAUUACAACACGCAGCCCUCGAGAUCUCAGCCUCGCACCUGCAGCGAAGUCCUUUCGAAAAGCUUGACCUCUGACAGAUCCGAAUCUCUUGCCACUGUCACUGCCAUAAACAUAAAGAAAGAAGUGUGGGAAAACGGCCUCGUUGUGUCCACUGCAAGUGACAAAACCACAAGCGGCUUCGGAUCUUUCUUUAACAACAAAAUGUCCACAUCACUCUUCAUCACUCUUGGAUCAAAUUUUAGCCACACUUGUGGACAUUUACUGUUAUACUGUUCUCAGCGUUUACUUAGACCGUUUUGCAAUGGUCUAUUCUCGGCAAUCGAUAUACUUUUAGAAGCAUUUUGA